AUGGGCAGCUCCGCCUCCACCGCCUCCACACCCGUCCAAUCUCCCACCGCCAUGGUGAUCGACGCCGACGGUUCCCUCUUCGAAUACUCUCACCCCGUUGCAGUAUACCACAUACUCGACCUCAACCGCCGCACCUUCUUCCUCUCCGACGCCGACGAACUGCUCUACGGCCAUCAAGUUCAAGCCUUGGAGCAUAACCAUCUUAUCCAGCUCGGAAAGAUUUACUUUUUACUGCCGGAGAAGAUGCAGAAUCAUGUGCUGACGGCAGGGGAGAUGGCGGCAUUGGCGGCGAGUGCGAGCUCUGCAAUCGCCAGCGCUGGUUUGAGGAGUAAGAAGAGCGGCGGUGAUGGGAGGAGGAGGGGGAAGAAGGGUGGUGUUCAGGUUAUGCCGAUUAUUGCGGCGAUGGAGUCCGAGGGGUAUGAGAGGUUUAACGAGAACAGGGUUGGGAGUUGGAGAACAGAGAGAGGUGGGGAAGUGAAGCAGAGGGAUUUGGGGAGGGGGAAGAGUGGGAUUAAGGGGACGUUCAUGCCAAGGCUAAGUUCUAUAGAGGAAGUUUGUGAUUGAUUCUCCGGCAAUGUUUAAUGGUUAUCGCCAAUAUGGAAGAAGCUCCAUUUUCUUUUUUUUUUUUGCGGUGUACAGAUUGAUGAAUUAGGUGGUGUUUUGAGAUUGUGAUGAGUU